GAAGUAACAACGCUCCCGAUUCAUUCAGCGUGUGGUUUCUAUUAAAACAAAGCGUAGAAAAACCAUUUCUUAUGAGAUACGGGGUUACAUCAUAUAAGUAGCCGAAGAAAAGGAGUGUGUGCAACAAAAUGGCCCGUAGCAGAUUUCACAAUCAGUUGUCAUCGCAGGCCCACAUCGAACACGCGGAUUGAACGAUUUGAUGUUUCCCAGGGAAUGAAUGAAACUUUAUUGAUUAAAAACUGUUCGGUAAACGAGAGCAAUAUCAGUUAAAUAAACAAGACCCAGCCUUGUAGGAACUCUCUGAUCGGUUGAGGAGCAGAAAAUCCAGUCACUCCCGUGAUAAGCUUGCUACAAGUCGGACAGCCUUUCAUUCCUCAUCUACCCUCGACACAACGUUCACAAAGUUUCGUUGUUCGACCGAGUAAAUUCGUGCAUUUAAUUUUAGAAUAACAAUAACUGGUAAUAUGGGUCUUCUGACAGAAGGAAGUCCCAUGAGUUGGGAAGAGACGAAAAAGUUAUCGGAUCACGUGCGAAAACACGGUAUCGUGCAAUUUAUUAACCUCUACAAAAGAUUGAGAGACAGGCAAGGAGAUGUUCUCAAAUGGGGUGACGAGGUUGAAUAUGUUUUGGUAAAAUUCAAUGACGAGGAUAAGACGGCAAAGGUUAGCUUACGGGCAGAAGAAAUUCUGACAAUACUCAAUGAAAAAGAAGCCCAAGACCCCAAUAACGUGAAAUCUUUGUGGAGGCCAGAAUAUGGUGCUUAUAUGAUCGAAGGAACACCUGGUAAACCAUACGGUGGCUUAUUAGCACAUUUUAACGUUGUUGAAGCAAAUAUGCAAUACCGGAGACAAGAAGCGAGCAUGUUACUACAGCCAGGUGAAGCACUGAUGUCAUUAACUAGCUUCCCAAGGCUGGGAGCAACAGAUUUCACCGAUCCACCGACAAAACCAACUCCAAAUAGUGGCGCAUCAAGAAGCUUGUUCUUUCCCGAUGAAGCUAUAUUUCCUGGUCAUCCUCGGUUCAAAACUUUGACGAGAAAUAUUAGACUGAGGAGAGGUGAAAAAGUGGCUAUAAACUUACCUAUUUAUCCAGAUAAAAAUGUGCCUCGGACAUUUAAAGAAGAUUUCACAUUAUUGGGAGAUGAUGGAACAAGUGAGCGAGCAGCAAAACAAAAUCAUGUGUAUAUGGAUGCAAUGGGAUUUGGAAUGGGGUGUUGUUGUUUACAAUUAACUUUUCAAGCCUGUAAUAUACAAGAAGCACGGACAUUGUACGAUCAACUUACUCCACUAUGUCCGAUAAUGCUAGCUUUGACAGCAGCUAGCCCACUGCAUAAAGGCUACGUCACAGACGUAGAUUGCCGAUGGAAUGUCAUAUCAUGUUCUGUCGACUGUAGAACAGAGGAGGAGCGUGGUUUGAAGCCACUUAAAGAAAACAAGUUCAGAAUCAGCAAAUCCAGAUACGAUUCAAUUGAUUCUUACCUCAGCGAACAAGGCGAUAAAUACAACGACGUUCCUUUAACGUAUGAUGAAGAAAUUUAUGAUCAGCUUUUGAAUAACGGAAUUGACAGAUUGCUUGCACAGCACAUUGCCCACUUAUUUAUUAGAGAUUCAGUAUCGUUAUUUACAGAAAAAGUUCACCAGAAUGAUGAAACGGAUACGGAUCAUUUUGAAAAUAUUCAAUCAACAAAUUGGCAAACGAUGAGAUUCAAGCCACCUCCUCCGAAUUCCCCGAUAGGUUGGAGAGUAGAAUUCAGACCUUGUGAAGUUCAAAUUACAGAUUUUGAAAAUGCAGCUAUAGUUUGCUUUGUGGUUUUACUGACAAGAGUCAUACUUAGUUACAAAUUGAAUUUACUUAUACCCAUCAGUAAAGUUGAUGAAAAUAUGGCCAAGGCGCAAAAACGAGAUGCGGUUGAAAAGGAAAAAUUCUGGUUCAGAAGAGAUAUAACAUCUGAUGCGAAGCAAUGCCCAGAUAAUGAAACUGAGUAUACAGAAUUUUCAGUAAAUGAGAUAAUUAAUGGAAAGGAUGGUGAUUUUCCUGGUCUAAUACCAUUAGUGAAUUCCUAUUUAUCCAGUAUGGACGUAGAUGCUGAUACACAUUGCACAGUUCAAAGGUAUUUGAAAUUGAUUCAAAGAAGAGCUUCUGGCGAGCUCAUGACAACCGCGGCAUGGUUGAGAAAUGAAGUGCUUACGCAUCCAGAAUACAAACAAGACUCUGUUAUAACACAACGGAUCAAUUACGACUUACUAAAAAAAGUUCAUUCUGUUCAAACGGGUGAGUUAUCAUGUCCCGAACUUCUUGGACCAUGUACAAUCUCGAAAACAACUGAAACCAUACCAGCAGCGGUGGCAAAAGCAGAAAACUGUUCAACGCCAGAGUGUUGAGUGUUACAUCCGAG